GGGGGGAGGUUACCAUGGCAACAGGGCCGGGACGCCGCGGCCUAGCCCGGCCCGGCCCCUCCUCUCCGCCGUUCACCCUGUUUCCUCCCGGUUCCCUCUGCUUCCCCCGCCCUCCUGAAGCCCCCCGGGCCCGGUAACACCGUGCCAGUCCCUUUCCAGCGGGCUGUCCCGGUAGAGCGUUCCCUCUGUCGCACACCCAGUGACCCCUCAGCACUCUGGCCUGGUGGCCCCGUGGUUCCCAGCCCGUGUCCCACCGCCCACCAUGGCGCACCUGCUGGGCCACCGCGGCUGCAUGGAGAGCCUGCGGGCCGACCUGCAGGACCUGCAGGCUGCCAUUGCCGACGUGACCUCCCGGGCCGGCGCCGUGCGCUUCCCGUCAUGGAAGUUCCCUGACAAGGUGUCCUGCGACCUGGACGUGUCGCUGCUGCUGCAGCGGUACAGGCACAGCGAGAGCGAGCCCGAGUUCAGCCAGCACUCACACGUGGUGCUGCUGGAGCUGCUCAUAGACAGGCUCCUGCUGCUGCUGCAGAGCUUCACGGGCUACGCGGAGAUGGUGCUGUGCGGGCGUGCGGUGCCGCCGGCGCGGGGCCCAGGGCCCUGCAUGUCCGCAGGGCUCACGGCCAGGAGGUUCUGGAGCACCAUGCUGAGACUGGGGGCCUUCUGCCAGCAGCUCCAGCACCAGGACAAGGAUUGCAGGAAGGAGAUCCCCACACAGCAAUCUCCUCCUCACUCUCUGGGCAAUUCGGGCAGCUCUCAGCCCAGGGCUGGCCCCAGCCUGGCCCAGGGCACCCGCAGUGUCCCCACACAGACCUCGGGGUGCCCCCUGGGCUCCUGUGACAGCUGCUCCAGCGCCCAGGCUAGCCUGCAGGAGGUGGGCAGAGCCAUCAUCAGCCUCUGCCAGAGCCAGAACAUCCCCUCGGCCCUCAGCAAAUUCCAGGGGGUGCUGGAGGACAGCACAGGGAGAAGGAGCCUCUCUGCGACAGAGCUGAGCUACUGGGCCGCAGAGCAGAGCAAGGAUCUCUCCCGGAUCAACAAACACCUCCAGGAGCUGCUGCAGCAGCUGAACCCGGUGAAGGCUGAGCUGGAAGAGGUGGGGAAACAGAAGGAGGAGCUGAGGAAACAGGUGGAGGACUUUUCCCGGAAGCUGCAAGUGGAGCGGGAGACCCAAGUGCAGCAGCAGAGGAAGGCAGAGCAGAGCCUGAAAGCCAAGGACAAGGAGCAUUCGGAGGCUGUGGCCAGGCUGGAGCAGGAUAAGGAUGAUCUAAGGACAGGAGUGGCUCUGCUGGAGGGGCGACUCUCCACCCUGAAGGAGGAGCUGGAGGUGAAGCAGGCAGCUCUGCAGGAGCUCGAGCUCACCAAGGCCACCUUGCUGGAGGAGAUGAGGACCACCAUGGUGGCCCGGAGCCAGAUGCUGGAGCUGGAGGAGAAGGUGCAGAUGCUCACAGGCCAGCGGGACAGCCUGGAGCAGGAGCUGAGUGCCACCAGCUUGGAGCUGGAGAAGGAGAAGGUCCGAGUGCAGAGUGUGCUGCUGCACGAGGAGUCCCUGCAGGCCAAGCAGAAGCUCCUGCUGCAGCAGCUUGACAGGCUGGACCGGGAGCGGGAGGAGCUGCAGAACAGCCUGGAAGAGGCCAAGGAAGACAAGGCCCGGCUGGAGGAGCAGCUGGAGCAGAGCCGGGAGCAGAGUGGGAAACAGCUCCAGGCGCAGCAGGAGCUGCUGGACACGCUGCAGCAGGAGAAGCUGGCCCUGGAGCAAUCCAUCCUGGAGCUGCAGACAAACACGUCCCGGCUGGAGGAGCAGGCGCAGGAGCUGAGGGAGCGGGAGAGGCUCCUGGUGUUCUUCCCUGAGCUCCAUGUCCCCACUGAGGCGCAGUUUGAGAGCAGGAGGGAUGCCCACACCUCUGAGCAGGCUGAGCUCCGCUGGAUUUUGCCUGCAGGCACUGGGAACUUGACGGAGGACAUGGAGAAUCAGCUCCAGGCCAACAGCAUCCGGAUCGGGGUGCUGGAGCGGGAGAACGCGCGGCUGGGCGCUGUGCUGGCCAAGGUGAAGGCGGCUGCCCAGCAGGGCGUGCUCAAGCUAAUCCCACAGGCCCAGCUGGGGUCCCAGCUCCAAGAGAAGGCCAGUGGGCAGGACACAGGGUGGCCCAGCAGGGGAGGCAGCAGCAACAGCAGAGAUAGCAGAGGGAUGCUGGGAUGCAUGGACAAGGCCUGGCAUCGAGUUCCCAGCAGCCAGCACUCCAAGGUGCUCCGGGCAGGGCCCACAUUCCAGGCCAGACCCAGCCUGUCGCUCCCAGUGGGACGCCUGGGGCUCGACCCCCCCUUGCACCACACGGGGACCCACCACAAAUAAACACUGAUGAGCUGAUCUUCUAA